GAGCAGUGUAAUGCAUAUGUUUUUACUCAAUUAAUAUGAUUGCACCAUUUCAAGCUGCACCAUGGCACAAGUAACUCUCCUGGUGUGUCUACUUUUGAUAAAAUAUUUGAUACAAAUUCAAGCAAAUUGCAACUUUGACAAAAGAAACAUCUGCAACUUUCAACAUGGCCCUGGAAACUUUAAUUGGACAGUUAAAAAAGGUUCAACACCUAGCUAUGGAACAGGCCCCAGUAAAGAUACAAGUGGAUCAGGUUACUAUCUCUACCUCGAAACAUCAAGUCCGCGUCAAUAUGGAGAUAAAGCAACUGUUUUAACACCAUACUUAUAUGGUGAACAAUGUAUGAAGUUUGCCUAUCAUAUGUACGGCAGCAGUAUUGGUUCUCUCAACAUUUACGCUGGUAGUCAAAUGAUUUUUAAGAAAUCAGGAAAUCAAGGCAACAAAUGGGUGUUUGUGGAACAAUUCAUUCGUCUGAAUGGAAGUUAUAUGGUAAAAUUUGAAGGUGUUCGUGGUCUUAGUUACCAAGGUGACAUUGCAAUCGAUGCAAUUAGUUUUACACCAGGCGGAUGUUCUUUGAAAACACCAAAGCCGACAUUACAAUCGACCCAAACAACGACAAAACCUUCUUUGGCACAAACAGCAAACUGCAGUUUUGAUAAUGGAAACAUCUGCAACUUUCGUAAUGGAGCGGGGGAAUUCAAUUGGAAAGUUUACAGAGGUUCAACACCUAGUUGGCAAACAGGUCCCAGCAAUGACGCAAGUGGAUCUGGUUACUAUCUCUACAUUGAAACAUCAAGUCCACGUCAAUACGGAGAUAAAGCAACUGUUUUAACACCAUACCUAAAUGGUGAACAAUGUAUGAAGUUUGCCUACCAUAUGUACGGUAGAAGUAUUGGUUCUCUCAACAUUUACGCUGGUAGUCAAAUGAUUUUUAAGAAAUCAGGAAAUCAAGGCAACACAUGGGUGUUUGUGGAACAAUUCAUUCGUCUGAAUGGAAGUUAUAUGGUAAAAUUUGAAGGUGUUCGUGGUCUUAGUUACCAAGGUGACAUUGCAAUCGAUGCAAUCAGUUUUACACCAGGCAGAUGUUCUUUGAAAACACCAAAGCCAACAAUACAAUCGACCCAAACACCGACAAAACCCUCUUUCGUACAAACAGCAAACUGCAGUUUUGAUAAUGGAAAUAUCUGCAACUUUCGUUAUGGAGCGGGGGCAUUUAAUUGGACAGUUUACAGAGGUUCUACACUUAGUUGGAAUACAGGUCCCAGCAAUGACACUAGUGGAUAUGGUUACUAUCUCUACAUUGAAACAUCAAGUCCACGUCAAUACGGAGAUAAAGCAACUGUUUUAACACCAUACCUAAAUGGUGAACAAUGUAUGAAGUUUGCCUACCAUAUGUACGGUAGAAGUAUUGGUUCUCUCAACAUUUACGCUGGUAGUCAAAUGAUUUUUAAGAAAUCAGGAAAUCAAGGCAACAAAUGGGUGUUUGUGGAACAAUUCAUUCGUCUGAAUGGAAGUUAUAUGGUAAAAUUUGAAGGUGUUCGUGGUCUUAGUUACCAAGGUGACAUUGCAAUCGAUGCAAUUAGUUUUACACCAGGCAGAUGUUCUUUGAAAACACCAAAGCCGACAUUACAAUCGACCCAAACACCGACAAAACCCUCUUUGGCACAAACAGCAAACUGCAGUUUUGAUAAUGGAAAUAUCUGCAACUUUCGUUAUGGAGCGGGGGCAUUUAAUUGGACAGUUUACAGAGGUUCUACACUUAGUUGGAAUACAGGUCCCAGCAAUGACACUAGUGGAUAUGGUUACUAUCUCUACAUUGAAACAUCAAGUCCACGUCAAUACGGAGAUAAAGCAACUGUUUUAACACCAUACCUAAAUGGUGAACAAUGUAUGAAGUUUGCCUACCAUAUGUACGGUAGAAGUAUUGGUUCUCUCAACAUUUACGCUGGUAGUCAAAUGAUUUUUAAUAAAUCAGGAAAUCAAGGCAACAAAUGGGUGUUUGUGGAACAAUUCAUUCGUCUGAAUGGAAGUUAUAUGGUAAAAUUUGAAGGUGUUCGCGGUCUUAGUUACCAAGGUGACAUUGCAAUCGAUGCAAUUAGUUUUACACCAGGCAGAUGUUCUUUGAAAACACCAAAGCCGACAUUACAAUCGACCCAAACACCGACAAAACCUUCUUUGGCACAAACAGCAAACUGCAGUUUUGAUAAUGGAAAUAUCUGCAACUUUCGUUAUGGAGCGGGGGCAUUUAAUUGGACAGUUUACAGAGGUUCUACACUUAGUUGGAAUACAGGUCCCAGCAAUGACACUAGUGGAUUUGGUUACUAUCUCUACAUUGAAACAUCAAGUCCACGUCAAUACGGAGAUAAAGCAACUGUUUUAACACCAUACCUAAAUGGUGAACAAUGUAUGAAGUUUGCCUACCAUAUGUACGGUAGAAGUAUUGGUUCUCUCAACAUUUACGCUGGUAGUCAAAUGAUUUUUAAUAAAUCAGGAAAUCAAGGCAACAAAUGGGUGUUUGUGGAACAAUUCAUUCGUCUGAAUGGAAGUUAUAUGGUAAAAUUUGAAGGUGUUCGUGGUCUUAGUUACCAAGGUGACAUUGCAAUCGAUGCAAUUAGUUUUACACCAGGCAGAUGUUCUUUGAAAACACCAAAGCCGACAUUACAAUCGACCCAAACACCGACAAAACCUUCUUUGGCACAAACAGCAAACUGCAGUUUUGAUAAUGGAAAUAUCUGCAACUUUCGUUAUGGAGCGGGGGCAUUUAAUUGGACAGUUUACAGAGGUUCUACACUUAGUUGGAAUACAGGUCCCAGCAAUGACACUAGUGGAUAUGGUUACUAUCUCUACAUUGAAACAUCAAGUCCACGUCAAUACGGAGAUAAAGCAACUGUUUUAACACCAUACCUAAAUGGUGAACAAUGUAUGAAGUUUGCCUACCAUAUGUACGGUAGAAGUAUUGGUUCUCUCAACAUUUACGCUGGUAGUCAAAUGAUUUUUAAUAAAUCAGGAAAUCAAGGCAACAAAUGGGUGUUUGUGGAACAAUUCAUUCGUCUGAAUGGAAGUUAUAUGGUAAAAUUUGAAGGUGUUCGUGGUCUUAGUUACCAAGGUGACAUUGCAAUCGAUGCAAUUAGUUUUACACCAGGCAGAUGUUCUUUGAAAACACCAAAGCCGACAUUACAAUCGACCCAAACACCGACAAAACCUUCUUUGGUACAAACAGCAAACUGCAGUUUUGAUAAUGGAAACAUCUGCAACUUUCGUAAUGGAGCGGGUCCCAGCAAUGACACAAGUGGAUCUGGUUACUAUCUCUACAUUGAAACAUCAAGUCCACGUCAAUACGGAGAUAAAGCAACUGUUUUAACACCAUACCUAAAUGGUGAACAAUGUAUGAAGUUUGCCUACCAUAUGUACGGUAGAAGUAUUGGUUCUCUCAACAUUUACGCUGGUAGUCAAAUGAUUUUUAAUAAAUCAGGAAAUCAAGGCAACAAAUGGGUGUUUGUGGAACAAUUCAUUCGUCUGAAUGGAAGUUAUAUGGUAAAAUUUGAAGGUGUUCGUGGUCUUAGUUACCAAGGUGACAUUGCAAUCGAUGCAAUCAGCUUUACACCAGGCAGAUGUUCUUUGAAAACACCAAAGCCAACAAUACAAUCGACCCAAACACCGACAAAACCUUCUUUGGUACAAACAGCAAACUGCAGUUUUGAUAAUGGAAACAUCUGCAACUUUCGUAAUGGAGCGGGGGAAUUCAAUUGGAAAGUUUACAGAGGUUCAACACCUAGUUGGCAAACAGGUCCCAGCAAUGACGCAAGUGGAUCUGGUUACUAUCUCUACAUUGAAGCGUCAAGUCCGCGUCAAUAUGGAGAUAAAGCAACUGUUUUAACACCAUACUUAAAUGGUGAACAAUGUAUGAAGUUUGCCUAUCAUAUGUACGGCAGCAGUAUUGGUUCUCUCAAGAUUUACGCUGGUAGUCAAAUGAUUUUUAACCAAUCAGGAAAUCAAGAAGAUAUUUGGGUGUUUGUGGAACAAUUCAUUCAUUUAAAUGGAAGUUAUAUGGUAAAAUUUGAAGGAGUUCGUGGCCUUAGUUACCAAGGCGACAUUGCUAUUGACGCAAUUAGUUUUAAACCGGGCAGAUGCUCUUCAAAAACACCUAAGCCAACAACAGCAACAACAAAAAACCCGGCAACCUCAUUGGCAGAGACAGUUCAAUGCAAUUUUGACAAUGGUACGAUGUGCUUAUUUAUAAACGCAAAGAAUGAUGAAUUUGAUUGGACAUUGCAAAAUGGAAAAACAGCAAGUGACAAUACUGGACCUUUAGCAGACGUGUCUGGAUACGGUUACUACAUCUAUAGUGAAGCAUCAAACCCUAGAAAACCGGGUGAUAAAGCAAAUCUUGUUAGUCCAAAGCUCAAGAGUGGUCAGUGGUGUUUAACAUUCUCCUACCAUAUGUUUGGUAGUGAUAUUGGAAAACUAAAUGUUCAUAAUGACAACAUGGGUGAUUGGCAAAUGAUUUUUACGAAAUCUGGUAAUCAAGGAAACCAAUGGAAAAGAGCAGAAAUUGACGUAAAUCUUCUAAACAGCUCUUCUAUAAUAUUUAGCACCACGCGAGGAAAUGGUUGGCAAGGAGACAUUGCUUUGGAUGAGAUCUCUUUAAGUUAUAACAAAUGCCCAACUACGCCAACACUUCCACCAGGAUCAUGUGGACAAAAAGGACCAGGUCUAAGUGACAUAGCCAAGAUCGUCGGAGGCCAAAACGCCCGUCCGGGUGAAUGGCCAUGGCAGGUCGCUCUUGUGAAAAAAACCUUCUUGACCUGCGGUGGUGCUUUGGUAUCCAAUCAGUACAUUGUCACAGCAGCUCAUUGUGUCAAGGCUUCUGAUUGGAGUCGAGUAAAGGUAAGACUAGGGGAGUACAACACAUACUUUCGAGAAAGACAUGAACACGACAUGGACAUAAUGAUAAAUGGAAUCACAAUUCAUCCUCAGUACAGAAAAAAAACAUUUGAUUAUGAUAUUGCAAUUAUUAAACUGAAGAAAUCAGUUAGUUUCACAACAAGAAUAAAACCCGUCUGCCUAAAUACAGGAAUCGAUUUUACAGGACAAAGAUGUUACAUUACUGGUUGGGGAAAACUUCGAAGUGGAGGAUCGACACCAAAGAUCUUGCAAGAAGCUCAAGUUCCCAUUGUGACAAUAGAAGAAUGCAAAAGAAUUUACAAAAGCAAGAUAACAGAUAGAAUGUUAUGUGCAGGACUUGCCAAUGGAGGUGUUGACACAUGUGCGGGAGACAGUGGAGGUCCACUGGUCUGUGAGCACCGUGAUGGUUCAUGGUAUCUAACUGGUAUCACUAGCUGGGGACGAGGUUGCGCUAAAUAUUACGGAGUCUACACUCAUGUUGCUAAUCUUUAUUCCUGGAUUACACAAAUUACUGGACUUUAGACUCCUUUAAUUUGAAUAACUUUAAAUGGUAAAAGAUCUACACUUUAAGCAAAGACGAAUAUCAAACUGCAAUUAAAAAACGUUGAACAAAAUUAAUGUGAUUUAUUUCUAUUACAAUUGUGCUUUUUGGUUAAUAAUAAUAAUAUUUAUGAAGUAUAUGAAUUAUUUGCAGAAUUUUCUGUAUUUUCUGUAAUAUAUAUUAAUAUAUCUGGAA